GCCAGGCCGCGCCCUCCCCGGGCGCCCGCCGGCUCGCAUGCCGAGGGGCUCCGGGGCGUAGCUGCGCGCCCGGCGCCGCCUCCGGGCUCCUCCGGCCCCGCCAUGGGCUGCUGCAGCUCCGCCUCCUCAGCCGCGCAGAGCUCCAAACGAGAAUGGAAGCCACUGGAGGACCGUAGCUGCACAGACAUACCGUGGCUGCUGCUUUUUAUCCUGUUCUGCAUUGGGAUGGGAUUUAUUUGUGGCUUUUCAGUAGCAACAGGUGCAGCAGCAAGACUAGUGUCAGGAUACGACAGCUAUGGAAAUAUCUGUGGGCAGAAAAAUGCAAAGUUGGAAGCAAUACCAAACAGUGGCAUGGAUCACACCCACCGGAAGUACGUAUUCUUUUUGGAUCCAUGCAAUCUGGACUUGAUAAACCGGAAGAUCAAGUCUGUAGCACUGUGUGUGGCAGCAUGUCCAAGACAAGAACUGAAAACCCUAAGUGAUGUUCAGAAGUUUGCAGAGAUAAAUGGCUCAGCGCUAUGCAGCUACAACCUAAAGCCUUCUGAAUAUACUACAUCAUCAAAAGCUUCUGUUCUUUGCCCCAAACUACCUGUUCCAGCGAGUGCACCUAUUCCAUUCUUCCAUCGCUGUGCUCCUGUGAACAUUUCCUGCUAUGCCAAGUUUGCAGAGGCCCUGAUCACCUUUGUCAGUGACAAUAGUGUCUUACACAGGCUGAUUAGUGGAGUAAUGACCAGCAAAGAAAUUAUAUUGGGACUUUGCUUGUUAUCACUAGUUCUGUCCAUGAUUUUGAUGGUGAUAAUCAGGUAUAUAUCAAGAAUACUUGUGUGGAUCUUAACAAUUCUGCUCAUCCUGGGUUCACUUGGUGGCACAGGUGUACUAUGGUGGCUAUAUGCAAAGCAAAGAAAGUCUCCCAAAGAAGCAGUUAUCCCUGAACAGCUUCAGGUAGCUGAAGACAAUCUUCGGGCCCUCCUCAUCUAUGCCAUUUCAGCUACAGUGUUCACAGUUAUCUUGUUCCUCAUAAUGUUAGUCAUGCGCAAACGGGUUGCUCUCACCAUCGCCUUGUUCCACGUGGCUGGCAAGGUCUUCAUUCACUUGCCACUGCUAGUCUUCCAACCCUUUUGGACCUUCUUUGCUCUUGUCCUGUUUUGGGUGUACUGGAUCAUGACACUUCUCUUUCUUGGCACUACCGGCAGCGCUGUUCAGAAUGACCAAGGCUUUGUGGAGUUCAGAGUUUCUGGGCCUCUGCAAUACAUGUGGUGGUACCAUGUGGUGGGCCUGAUUUGGAUCAGUGAAUUUAUUCUAGCCUGUCAACAGAUGACUGUGGCAGGAGCUGUGGUAACAUACUAUUUUACUAGGGAUAAAAGGAAUUUGCCAUUUACACCUAUUUUGGCAUCAGUGAAUCGCCUUAUUCGUUAUCACCUUGGUACUGUGGCGAAAGGAUCUUUCAUUAUCACAUUAGUCAAAAUUCCACGAAUGAUCCUUAUGUACAUUCACAGUCAGCUCAAAGGAAAGGAAAAUGCUUGUGCUCGAUGUGUGCUGAAAUCUUGCAUUUGUUGCCUUUGGUGUCUUGAAAAGUGCCUAAAUUAUUUAAAUCAGAAUGCAUACACAGCCACGGCUAUCAACAGCACCAACUUCUGCACCUCAGCGAAGGAUGCCUUUGUCAUUCUCGUGGAGAAUGCUUUGCGAGUAGCUGCCAUCAACACAGUGGGGGAUUUCAUGUUAUUCCUAGGCAAGGUGCUGAUAGUCUGCAGCACAGGUUUGGCUGGGAUUAUGCUGCUCAACUACCAGCAAGAUUACACAGUAUGGGUGCUGCCUCUGAUCAUCGUCUGCCUCUUUGCUUUCCUAGUCGCUCAUUGCUUCCUGUCCAUUUACGAAAUGGUAGUGGAUGUAUUAUUCUUGUGUUUUGCCAUUGAUACAAAAUACAAUGAUGGGAGCCCAGGCAGAGAAUUUUAUAUGGAUAAAGUGCUGAUGGAGUUUGUGGAAAACAGUAGGAAAGCAAUGAAAGAAGCUGGUAAGGGAGGUGUUGCAGAUGCCAGAGAGCUGAAACCGAUGGCUUCGGGAGCAAGUUCUGCUUGAACCUAGCCGACCGUUAUGGAACCCAUUGACAUUCCAAAACAAUAUAUACACAUAACUAUGUAUUUGUGUGUGUGGGUGUGUGUAUAUAUGUAUAUGUAUGUGUGUAUAUAUAUGUAUAUGUAUAUACACACACACACAUAAUCAGCCAAAAUCAGAGAACAGGAACAGGGAUUUAAUACCUUUUUUAUGCUUAUUUUUGUCAAACAUGUACUCCUUUCAUACGGGUGGCUUUUACAAGGCAACUGCCGUCAUUUAAUGUUUUCAAUUGUAAUUGUCUUAAUGGAAAUGUUAAGAUUCAUAUCUGAUUAACAUUUUUAAUAACUUAGAGGAGAUUUUAACUUUAGUUAUUUAAAUUAGGUAAAAUUAUUGUACCGAAUUCUCUGUCUAAAGUUCAUUCAGGGGUGAUUUCCCUGAUGUGUGCAUAAAAAUCAAGACCUUAUUUUACUGAUGCAUAAGUCCUAGUGGAAUGAGACUAGGCAUAUGCUUUCAGGUAAAUAAGGAGUUACUCCAUUCAUUUUUCCCCAAUCAAAGAAGCCAUGUCGUUUUCCUUUUAGAAACAUACAAGUGGACCCAAUAUGGGAAUUUUCGUAAUAGCUCAUGCAUUUGUCAGCCAACAUUAAAAAGUAACCAACUCCUCAGGUAUUUGUAGUUUACCCUAAUGCUUCUAUAAGAGAGUAGGUAAAAAAGGAAAGGGUAGAUAAUCUUUCUUAUGCAAACUUUUCUCUUAUAUUUUGUCUUUCUUUCAUUUUGACGUCAGUAGCAUCCUCCACACAUUUGUGUGCCUGAUUUGAAAGGAAGCUGGGGUACCCAGCAAGUUUAGCCUUUAAGUUUCUGUGUAUAGGUUUGCAGACUAAGUAAUGCUGGAAGGAAUGAAAAAGGGAGAGAAACAUGCAACACAAAGCAUUGAAAAUUCUGGUACUUGGGUUUCUGCUUCAGAGGAACUUCAGUGGCUUAGGGCUAAAUAGCCAUUUUAUUCAAAUGCUUGCUAUAAAAUCUGAAAACAUACUGGCAGGUGCUCCUCUCCUUGACAAUUCAUUAAGUAUCCAGAAUUCUACAAUGUUUAACUGAAGAAUUGGUUAAUGUUUUGAUCCUCAAGUGUUGAACGUUCUUUGUGUUUGGGGAUGGGUUUUGGGUUCUGGGGGGUUUUUUAAUUCCUGAAGCUUACCAGAUAUGAAUGGCUAAUAUUUCAUUGUUCUGCUUAUUGUAAUGGUGAAUGCUUUAAGAAAAAAAAGUGUAAUUUGCUAAGAAUAAUUCAUGAUCUGUUUAUGCGAUAACUCCUUUUUGUUACAAUUUUUUUAAAAAAAGCUAUUUUUGUUAAUGUAAAGUAAAUAUUUCAGAGCAGAUUUUUUAAACUUAUUGCACUAAAUAUAGGCUCUGUACAAAAAAAAAAAAAAAAAGCCUCAGCAUUUUAUCUUUCCAUGGAAGGAGAAUCUUUUGAAAGAAAGCAUUGCCUCCUACCAGAAUUAGACAGUGAAUUAGACCGGUAUUAUGGAAAUGUGUACAAUUAAUGUCACUAGGGCUUAAUAAGCAGCUGUUUGCUAAUGUGCUUCCUUUCAAAGGGUUGGACCUUUAAAUUUCUGCAAAAGGUAAAUUGUAUUUUUUUUUAAGUAUCCAUGUUCUUUACUCUAGCUAGGCUAAAAUUUGCUAAAUGCCUCGGUUUCUUUUCAAAGCUCAUGUAAUAUUUCUGAUUUUUCAGAAUAUCUGCAAUAACAGUCCAGAAUUUUUUUUUUUUUUUUAAAGAAACAGGAGCUCACGUCUUGGCAAGAUCACAGGAAACAAUAUUGUGAGAGUAGCUAUUUUGAAACAGUUAAUUCUCCAGAAGUUAACAUUCUAACAUGUGAUGUCACUAAACGAUAACAUUGUACUCUUUUAUAUCAUUUGAAAUGGAAUAAAUAUAAUUACGUAACUAACAAUUAUCCAAAUAGGUGAGAGAGCAAAUCAUGUAAGAAAAUUCAGACUACCUUCAGGUUCCUAGCCACACAGAUUGUGGACAUUAAGAAACAUUGGGAAGUAAAUUUAGGAUUGGCAAAAGUAUGGAAGAUGGGUAUCAGAACAGAAGACAUUCAUUACAGGAGCUACUUAUCUUAGGAGGUGUCCCUCCAGAGUGACCUGGUGGAAUUAUUGAAUUUGGAAAUUAGCUUCUCCUCACUUGGACGUCCCGGCACCAUGGACUCCUGCUGCUGCCUGUUCCCUAUGCUCGCAAUCUCAGCUGUUUGGAAGCCAACAGGAAUGCUUUCUAAUUAUCAUUUGCAACUAGAACUGUAAUCAGAAAGAAAUUUUGUAUUUUUGUAUAACUUGAUUGUGUGCCAUUUUCUAUAACAGGUCCUGUUUUACAAAUAAAUUUUGUUUUACUAA